AUGGCUUCCAAAAACGAAAAGCCAAUGGCCUCUGCCUAUUGCACCGUCGUCAGACCCAGCAACUAUCUUGACCGCAUGUUCUACAUCCAGCACCGCGUAGGUGCCCAGUCGAACAUCCUGCUCUCAGCCCACUACGCGCCUACAUCUGCGGCCGGCCAGAAGUCUCUACCAAGAGAAGCUGUCUACUCUGCAGUUCGCUCCGCCGUCACAGAAUACCCCGAGCUGAGUCUGAUCGGGUUGGUGGAACCAUUGGACAGCAAGGGCCGCUGUGAACUCCGUCUCGCAGCACUACACGAGAUUGAUCUGGAAACUUGUGUUGAGUUCCGAGACGGCGACGAGCCCAAAAUCACAUCGGAAGCUCUUGAACGCCUACACAACGAGUGGGAUUGGACCGAUAAACAAUUCAACCCCCGGCAACCCUGGUGGAAAGUUGUUGUUCUCGGUGGCCAACAGGUCGUCUUUGUCUACCACCACCUCGUCUGCGACGGCCGUUUCAGCCAGAUAUUCCAACAACAGCUUCUUGUCGGCCUCAACUCAUUUGACGAGCAUCAGGAGCCACCUUCGAAAAUCAUCAAGAUUGACCCAGACGCUGUGAGAUUGGAACCGGAAAUGGAGAAAUUCUGGAUCAGCACCGUAUCAGUGUUUCUUGUUCUCCACGUCUUCCUCUCUUCCAUCUUGAUCCGACUCUUCUUGGGAAGCAGACUUCUCUUCGCCGACGUGCCGCGAGCAAAGCCUCAUGGCAAGUCUGUCUUGAUUGAGGCUCUCCCUCAGGAACUCACCAAGACGCGCAUCGCUACUCUGCGUAUAUCACCGGCCAAGAUGGAGCGCAUCAUUGCAGCCUGCCGUGAGCGCAAGGCAACAUUUGCACCCCUCCUGCUCAGCAUGAUGCUUUGUACUCUGGCCUGUGACUACUACCCUAAGGCUAAGGUAGGCAUUUCGAACUGCGCCCUCGACCUGAGGUCGGUAUAUCCUCGCGGGGCCGAAUCACCGAGAUCGGCUCAGUUCCUCCAGCAAGCUGGGGGUCACCGCAAAUUCACCUGGCUGGAGCGGUGUCGUCGAAUCUUUCAUCAUCAGGCAUUGAGUGAGAACAAAGAUGGCAAAGCUGCUGCGCCCAAGGUAGAUGUUGAUGCAGCCUGGCUUUUGGUUCGAGAGUACCGCGCCGCCUUGGCCAAAGGCUUCGAGACGGACCCAUCACCACAUGUUCAAACGCUCAAGGCUGGAAACAACGUCUCGACUGACCUCGCGGAAAUGAAGAAGUCCUACUUUCCAGUGUUGGGUAGCCAUUUGAACAACUCCAUUCAGCUCUCCAAUCUCGGCGUGUUUACGACAGAGGCCAACAGCGGCCCAUGGAAGAUAGAUGACAUGAGCUUCUCAGCUGCUACUGUGAACGGAAACCUUAGUUACAAUAUCAGUCUAAACGUAGUAGGAGUGGAAGGAGGCGAUACGGUGAUUAAUGCGUCUUAUGAGGACGGGAUCCUCACUGAAGACAAAGUGUAUGGGAUAUUAGAGGCGACUUUUGAACGGAUAGAGGUCAUUCUAUAG